CUGGCCGGCCUGCCCCGUCCCCGCCCCCGGCCCGCCCCGCCCGCCGCCGCCGUCGCCAUGUUGGGGCUCCCGCCGCCGGCGCUGGGGACGCGCGCGGCCGAGCCAGCUCUUUGCUGCCGUCGCCGCCGCCGUCGCCGCCGCCGCCGUCGCCGCCAGGUGGUGUUUGGACACUAGACCAUGUGCCUAGGUAGUUUUUUCUUUCUCUGCAGCUCUGCUCCCCCAGCAACGCUCACCACACCCUUGUUUUGAGAACCUCACUAAGCCUUUGGUGAGCCUCCAGCCAUGGGGGAUAUGAAAACCCCCGAUUUUGAUGACCUUCUUGCUGCCUUUGACAUCCCAGACCCCACAAGCCUUGAUGCCAAGGAGGCCAUCCAGACCCCCAGUGAGGAGAAUGAGAGUCCGCUCAAGCCCUCAGGCAUGUGUCUGGAUGAGAGUGUGUCCUUGUCUCACUCAGGAUCUGCCCCGGAUGUGCCAGCCGUGAGUGUCAUCGUCAAGAACACCAGCCGCCAGGAGUCCUUCGAGGUGGAGAAAGACCACAUCACCUCUAGCCUCCUGCACAAUGGUUUCCGUGGCCCAGAUCUGCCUUCGGAUCCCCCCAACUGUGGGAAGUUUGACUCCACUUUCUUAAAUGGAGAUAGCACCAGGAGUUUCUCUGGCAAGCUGGAGCCUGUUAAGUCUGAGCCAUUACCUACCUUCAACCAGUUCAGCCCGAUCUCCAGCCCAGAACCUGAGGAUCCCAUCAAAGACAAUGGGUUUGGGAUAAAGUCCAAGCACUCAGACAGUUAUUUCUCACCCCCUCCUGGAUGUGGGACUGUGGGGGGCCCAGUACUGGAGACAUUGUCCAAGUUUCCAGUCCCAGAACUGCACAUGUUUGAUCACUUUUGUAAGAAAGAACCCAAGCCCGAGCCCAUGCCCUUGGAGAGCCAGGAGGAACACGCACGAGGUGGGCAGAAGGUGGCGGAGCCCCACAGAGAACUGGAUUCCAGUCGAUUCUUUGGGGAAGCUUUGGACUUCAACAGCCACCAUGGCCACAGUAUCAGUGAGCCCAAGAAGCCUGCCCUGGAGCUGGGAGCCUGCUCAUCUGUGCCCCCCAGACAGCGACUCAAGCCUGCUCACUCCAGGCUGUCCUCAUGUGUUGCAGCCUUGGUGGCCUUGCAGGCCAGAAGGGUGGCCAGUGUCACCAAGGAAGAUCAGCCUGGCCACGCAAAGGAUCCCUCAGGGACCACCAAAGAGGGUUCUAAAGGUAGCCCCAAAAUGCCAAAGUCACCAAAGAGUCCCCGGAGUCCUCUGGAGGCCACUCGGAAAAACAUGAAGCCAUCAGACAGCCCUCGGAGCAUCUGCAGUGAUGGCAGCAGCAGGGGCUCCCCGUCUGUGGCUGCCAGCUCCCCCCCAGCCAUCCCCAAAGUCAGAAUCAAAACCAUCAAGACAUCAUCAGGGGAAAUCAAAAGGACCAUUACCAGGAUCCUGCCAGAUCCUGAUGAUCCAAGUAAGUCCCCUGUGGGGUCACCUGUAGGGAGCACCAUUGCUGAGACCCCAGGCGAGGUGCCAGGGGAUGAGGGCACAACCGUGCCUGUGGAAGGGCACCUUCCAGAGGCAGGCACACAUUCAGGGAGCCCCCAGGGUGACAGGAAAGGGGAUGAGAAUGUGACAAAAGCUGGUGACUCUUCAUCUCCCUGCAACAGCUCUGUGCUCCAGGUCCCCAAGGGGGCAGCCCAGGCCUCAAAGAUGGGCAAAAAGCAACAGAACGCGGCUCCUCAGGCCCCAGCCCCUGCCAGUCUCCUGCCCAAAGCCGUGCACCUGGCCAACCUCAACUUGGUCCCCCACAGCGUUGCUGCAUCAGUGACGGCCAAGUCAUCUGCACAGAGACAGAGCCAGCCCCAGCUCACGCAGAUGUCAGUGCCCCUGGUGCACCAGGUGAAGAAGGCUGCCCCCCAGAUCGUGGAAGUGUUCAACAAGGUCCUCCACAGCUCCAACCCCGUGCCCCUCUAUGCACCCAAUCUCAGCCCACCCGCAGACAGCAGAAUCCACGUGCCGGCCAGUGGCUACUGCUGCCUGGAGUGUGGGGACGCAUUCGCCUUAGAGAAGAGCCUGAGCCAGCACUACAGCCGGCGCAGCGUCCACAUUGAGGCACUGUGCACACUCUGCUCGCAGACAUUGCUUUUCUUCAACAAGUGCAGCCUUCUCCGGCAUGCCCGUGAUCACAAGAGCAAGGGGCUCGUCAUGCAGUGCUCUCAGCUGCUUGUGAAGCCCAUCGCUGCUGAUCAGAUGUUCGUGUCAGCGCCCCUGAGCAUCCCGGCCCCGGAGGCCUUGGCCACCUCCUCAUCUCCCAAACAUGGCGUCACCUCAGGCAACAGCAACCCCCCGCCCCCAGCUUUUCCACUCUACCCAGACCCAGUGAGGCUCAUUCGGUACGGAACCAAAUGUCCUGAAUGUCACAAACAGAUGCGGGACUACAUGGUCCUGGCUGCACAUUUCCAGAGGACGUCGGAGGAAACCGAGGGGCUGACAUGCCAGGUGUGCCAGAUGCUGCUGCCCAACCAGUGCAGCUUCUGUGCACACCAGCGGAUUCACGCGCACAAGUCCCCCUACUGCUGCCCGGAGUGUGGAGUCCUCUGUCGCUCUGCCUACUUCCAGACCCAUGUCAAGGAGAAUUGCCUGCACUAUGCCCGCAAGGUGGGCUACAGGUGCAUCCACUGUGGUGUUGUCCACCUGACUUUGGCCUUGCUGAAAAGCCACAUCCAGGAGCGACACUGCCAGGUUUUCCACAAAUGUGCAUUCUGCCCUAUGGCCUUCAAGACUGCCAGCAGCACUGCGGACCACAGCACCACCCAGCACCCCACCCAACCCCACAGACCCUCCCAGCUCAUUUAUAAGUGCUCCUGUGAGAUGGUCUUCAACAAGAAGAGGCAUAUUCAGCAACAUUUUUACCAAGAUGUCAGCAAGACGCAGGCAGGCGUCUUCAAGUGCCCUGAGUGCCCACUCUUGUUCCUGCAGAAACCAGAGCUGAUGCAGCAUGUCAAGAUCACCCAUGGUGUUCCCCGGAACGUGGAUGAGCUCUCCAGCCUGCAGGCUGCAGCGGACUCAUCCUCUAACCGACCUGGGUCUCGAGUGCCCAUGGAACCCCCUGCCGCUAGUGUGGCUGCCCGAGGCAGCUCCCUGUCCUCAGGCCGUUGGGGCAGAUCAGAAGCCCAUCGGAGGGCUGAAGCCAGACCCCGACUGAGGAGCACAGGCUGGACCUGCCAGGAGUGCCAAGAGUGGGUUCCCGACCGAGAGAGCUACGUAUCCCACAUGAAAAAGAGCCAUGGGCGGACACUGAAGCGGUAUCCGUGUCGGCAGUGUGAGCAGUCCUUCCACACCCCCAACAGCCUGCGCAAACACAUCCGCAACAACCAUGACACCGUGAAGAAGGUCUACACGUGUGGGUACUGCACCGAGGACCCUCCCAGCUUCCCUCGGCCCUCCCUUCUAGAGAAUCACAUCAGCCUUAUGCACGGGAUCAGGAGCCCUGAUCUGAGCCAGACGUCCAAAGUCAGACUGCUGGGCGGACAUUCCCCUCAGGUGAACCAUCGAAAAAGACCCCUCAGCGGAGCAGGGGAUUCUCCGGCCACCAGCAAAGGCACACCUGUCCCUCGCCCAAAAAGGCACAAAUCGCUUUUUCAGUGUGCAAAAUGUAGCUUUGCCACGGACUCGGGGCUGGAGUUCCAGAGCCACAUACCUCAGCACCAGGCAGACAGCUCCACAGCCCAGUGUCUCCUCUGCGGCUUGUGCUACACCUCCGCCAGCUCUCUCAGCCGCCACCUCUUCAUCGUCCACAAAGUGCGAGAGCAAGAGGAGGAGGAGGAGGAGAUAGUGGAAGUGAAGGUGGAAGCCUCUGAGCCAGAGGAGGGCUUUGGGGAGGAAUUGGCCAUGGAAGCGAGAGAGAACGGACUGGAAGGAUGUGCCGGCCGGCCUUUGUCAGCUGACCCUGAGGCCAGGGGACUGCUGGGCCUCAGCCUGGCAGAGGAUCGGGCCCAGGAAUUGCAGAGUCAGCCUCAGGCCUCUCAGGACCAGGAAAGCCUUGCACUGUCCCCUCAGGUGUGACUAGAGGCGUGGCAGUGUAUGUGGCUGGGCCCCCAGUGUCCCCCACCGCUUCACAGACUAAGGGAAGGCAAAGUCUGUGCCCGUGGGAGUGUGGCCACUGUGCCCUGAGCUGUGGUGCGCUGCCCAGGGUGGGGUUGCCCAGGACCCUCCUGUUUCUGAAGUUUGCUUCUGUUAUUUAUGGCUUUGUGCUGCUUUUUGGUACCCAACUCUGGUCUAUGUCUUUCUAACUCCAGGCUUCUUAUGUAGCCCUACCCCAAUGCUGUCAGUAUAGUUUGCACCCCAGACCUUGGGCCUGUGCUUGUCUGGGAGUCCCUGCUGCUGCCUUCAGCCAGGGAGCCUCUCAGAGUCUGAGAAGAAAGAGAGGGGGCUGUUUUGGGAGAGAGCUCUACCCAGCCAGGCUUGGCAAGGGCCCUUGGUCACAUUGCCCUUCCUGUCUUUUUCUGAUUCUUUUCUCCAAAAACAGUCCUGAGAACUGUCACAUUGGCUUCUUGUGUCUCUGUGGGUGGGAAACUUGAGCGCACCUUUGCUUGUAACUGGAGACAACAGAAGGUGUGGCUGAGGCCGGCAGGUGUGGAGAGCCAGGGACCUGCAGAAGGCACUGUGGGUGCUGGGACUUUGCUCCCCAGCUGUCCUGCCCUCCCUGACAGCAGGUUUGGGGCACACAGAUGGGGGAAUGUGUGUGUUCUUGCUCCUAUGCUGUGAGAGGCUGCUGCCCCGGCAGGCCAGCCUCUCUUCCUCUUGGCUGCACUCAUGUUGCUCAGACUACAUUUCAAUAAAAACUUCUUACCAUGCAGGCAGGCUCUUGUAUUCCUCUCCAAGUCAGCUGCCCUUCCCUGCUCCCACUGAGAGCUCUUCCUGUUUCUUGGCUCUCUGGAGACUUUGAGGAGCAGUCUCAGUACCAGUGCAGUCCCCUCACAGGUCUCUCCUGGGCAGGAGGCAAAUCUUCUUGGGUGUCUCCCUCUUUCCUGAAGAAGAGUUGACGCUUAUGGAAACCCUUUUUGGGUAAUGGGGUGGAGAGGAGGAAUUCUGUCCUUUUCUUGCAGCGUUAGAGACCUUGCUGUUGGGUCUGCCAAAGGGAACUCAGUGUAGCAGAGCCAGGAGUAGAUUUGGGGCAGAGUUGGGGCUGUCCCGGGCCUGGGAUUGGCCCUGCAGGUCCAAUGCAUCCCUGGGAACAGAGCUCACUGCGUUCUUACAGGUGAUCUAUUGUAGGAGGCAUGAAUAGCAGUUAUAAAUUAAGUCAGACAAAUAUGCCUGACCUUUUCACAACUGAAAAACCAGUUUUUUCUCCCUGUAUCAAAUGCCAGGUUGUCAGUGAAAUGCUAAUGGCAGUAAGAAAGGUUAGUGCUGCUUCAUUUCUAGGGACUCUGGCAUCCAUAGCAUUUUUGAUUGCUUUUCCUGGCAAGUCCACCACUCUUUGCCUCCCAUCCCACCCCCUGCCUGUAGAGCCAGAGCCAGCCCCAGAUCCCAGGUCCAGUCAUGAGAGCAGGCCUGGUGGAGGUGCAGGGAGGGGUGUGCAGUGGUGCCCAGGGACAGGCAGAGGAGUCGGGGAAGUUGCAGGCUCAGCCAGCUGUCCUGAGCCUACACACAUGUCCCCUUCCUGGGCUGGAGGAUGACUAAGCUGCUCACUGGGAUCCUGGUUCGUGGCCUGGCACCUGCUCGUAGCUAGCUCUUAGCAAACUCCAGCCUCACAGGUCCCUGCCCCCAUCCAGGUCCUCCCAAGCUCUUACAAGAUACUCGUGCCAACUCGUUCUGAUUCAUAAAACAUACAAAGGUGGAGAGGCUGUUUUUUUGUUUAUUUGGAGACAGGAUUUCACUAUGCAGUUCAGGCUGGCCUUGAAUUCACAGUGAUCCUUCUGUCUCAGCCUCCCAAGUUCUAGGAUUACAGGCAUGUACCACCGUACCUGGCUAGAGAGGCCAUUCUUGACCUUCAGACUUGAGGUGGUGCCCACCUGCUUCUGCUCACCCAGGGAUGCUGCUUGUCAGCUAAGCAUUGGCAGAGAGCAUCACCUCUCUGUGAUCUGAGAGUUGUAAAGCUUUAUUUUAAGCCCUGCUCACAUGCCCAGCAUUUCGGUAAACGGUUCCUGGUGACACUAAUCCUCACAAAGAUCCCAGUUAUCUUCCAUUUUAUGGAGAAGAAAAUGGAUGCUGGGAUGGUAAAGAACAGAUAUGUUGGGCUACUUGGGACGACAGUCACACAUGGAACCUGUGAAACCCUCUGCUGUCUUAGUGACCACAGUUUCUUUGGCUGCCAGCCUGCUCAUCAAUUGCCCAGAAGUUCACUUUUCUACUUCCCUAGCAUUUGGGGUGCCCCACAAAGUGCCCAGUCUCUUUAGAGACCACGUGUACCCCUUUCCCCCUAGAGAGACCUGCAUGUCACCCCAGCUGGAGCAGCACCAUCUUGGGGCUGGUCACUCUGGGGUUUCCUUUGCCAUUUGAAGAGUAUUAUUUUUGAGGAUUAUCCAGAAAAUUUGCCCAGUCUAGCAUCUUCGGACCUUGUCUCUUUCAUGGUGUUCUGAAUGGGCGAGCUGUCUUUUGUCAUCAGCAGAGGCCUUAACUGCCAGCCAGAGCUCCUCUGAUCAAAUUAAACAGAUACGAACCGCACUAUCAUUUAGUGCGCCCUGAGGCUUGACAGAUGCCUGCUAUCAGUUCUCCAAUUGCUUUAUUUCUGUGAAAUGAUAGGCUGAAUAACUAUGAGCUAACUGUUGUAGAAAGAAUUUCUCCCUUAACUUAUGUAAACUGUCCGAUUUAAACGAAAGAAACAAAAAAACCUAAACAGUUGUGAGUCCCACACUUUGCCUUCCCCAGACUAAGGAACCUCCAUCCUGAUCACCACUCUCUGUUCAGUGUCCAUCGGUUUCCUUUAUUUUGUUGUUUUGAAAAGUUAAUGCAUACAUGUGACAAAACAUCCAACAAACAAGUAUCCAAUAAAAAGUAACCUUCCAAUGGGGGUCAAGCUCCGAAACCCUUGUCCAGUUAAUCGCUGCUAACUGUAUCCUGUGUAUUCUUUCAGAGCAAUUCUAUGCAUUUAUAAGUUUUUAAAUGUGUAUAUUUAUAUAUCUAUUUUUAAUACAAACAGUAGCAUUCGA